AUGGCUUUAUUCAGAAAGGCAAUGAUGUUUUUGUUGGUGGUUAUAAUGACUAUCAUAGGAUCAACUAUGGCUGAGGUGUAUGAAGUUGGUGAUUCUGCAGGAUGGGAUUUCAACGUUGAUUACAAUCAAUGGGUUUCUUCCAAAAAAUUUAAACUUGGUGAUUCUCUUGUAUUCAAUUACAACCCACGGUUACAUAAUGUGAUGCAAGUGGACAGCAACGACUACAACGCAUGCACAGAUAACCAUCCAAUAGUAAUAUACAACACCGGCAGCGACACACUUACCCUGGAAACACCCGGCGAUUACUUCUUUUUGUGUGGGUUUCCAGGUCAUUGUGCUUCUGGACUCAAAUUUCACAUCAAAAUCUCAACUCCAUUUACUCCUCCUGCUGCUCCACGAAAUUCUAGCUCCGGCUCUUCUCCUCCGGCGAGGUCGUCGUCUACCUUUACUCCUCCUAAUAAUGGCGAUCCUUGGCUUCCUGGUUUUCAACCUAACAAGCCUAAAAGCAGUGCUUAUAAUUCAUCCAAAUGGUCACCCAUGAGCAUGUUGCUUCUUGCUACUUCUCUGUUUCUAGGCAUGGUUUAUUAAACUGCACAGAUCGAUCGAGCUCGUCAUAAUUUGGAAGACAUAGCUAGACAGUAAUUUUGUACUAAUUAACUUUUGUUAGCGGGUUUUCCACAGUUCUAGAUUACAAUUGUUAGUUGUAUGUUUCUUUGCUUAAUGUUAUACUAAUAAUAUUC